GCAAGCGUGGAGCUCGGCUAGAAGAUGCAGACGACGGCGUCCUGGUUCGGAUCGCAGAUCAGCGCACAGCUCCUGCUGAGCCUGCGGGAUCGUCCGAUGAUCCUGCGCAGGGCAUCAAUGCGGCGUUCCACGCCGAGUUUGAGGAAGCGCUGCAAAAGCUCUUCGCGAAGUACGAUGGAAUCCAGGAGCAGAGUGCCCUGACAGUCUACGAUGGCGGAUCAGGAGCCGUCUUCAACCAAGUGGCAUGUUCGGCAAGCUUGGGCAACGGCGGCACUGUCAGGUUCACAGGCACGCUUUUCCUGCACGACCUUCGCUGGAGGCCAUGGCCAACAACACCUGUGAACCGCGCUGGCAUUCGGCUGCAGAUGACGACCCAUUAUGCGCAGGGGCCGCCGACGGAGGUUCCAUUUGAGGUUACCAUCGUGUCAGAAGGCUUCGAUGAUACCCUCCUCUCGAAUGCCGGCAAGUGGAAAAGGAUUUCCCCGGAAGAACCCGUUUUUGCGCUGAUCGUGGCUGCCUCCCAAGCAGAAAGCGCGGAAGACAUUGAGCAAUACAAACGCCUGCUCUUGAAUGUCACCUACAAGGUCCUGUCGCGCGACAACCCGACUGACUAUCAGAAGGAAGCGAUCACGAUCCGAGAAAAGGCAGUGGAUGAUCGGCUGUCGAUCAAGAGAACUCCAUUGAGCAUGCUGAUUCUCGUUGUUCAGAAGCGCAAAGAGAUGAAAGGGCCAAAGGGCAAGGCAACAACGGAGCAGGUGCACAAGUACUUCGAGUCGUGUCACUGGUCAGUGGAAAGCGAGAGACCCUCCAUCACUUUCCUCGAGAAUGCGUUUGCCCUCUGGAACAAAAUCGAAGCCAACCCAAGCAUUUUGAGCACGAUCCAGGCAGCAGAGGUGGAGCUUGGCCACGACAGCGUCUUCAGUUCCGUGUACCAGUUGUACUUCAUUACUUUGAGUUGCAAGAAGGCUCCUGGCAGCAAGUUGGCCUGGAUCUUUGAUGGUAUUUUGGACGGAGCCCGAGCAGGCAUUCUCAAGAAACCAGACGUGGCCAAGUACCAGUUGACAACUCCCGGCAAGAUCAACCCGGUGGAGGUGCUCUCCUACAAGUACGACCUUUUGCAGGAACUAUUGCAGACGGAGCUUACGAAUCUCAACAUCCCUGCCACCGACGCGGCAGACAUUCGAUUGAAGCUUCGCUGUCAUGCUUCAUAUCGCGAGCAUUGUGGAUUCAAGAACGGGGAGCCCAAGAUGUGGCUGAGCCUCCUUCCCGAGCUGAACGCUGCAUUCGUGAAUUUGGUGGAUGCCAUUGUGUUUGACAAGCUGCGCGACACCACUAUCAGACAAUGCAUCAAGCAGGGUAAGCUGCCGCCAGACGGGCUGCGGUACGGCACCCUGGGAACGGCCACACAGACUUUGCAAGAUUGCCAGCAGGCGCUAGCAGUCAGCGCGGCCGCUGCCGUCGAAGAUGCUGUCAUCAUAGAGGAAGAUGCAGUGGAUCCCCCUGAUGUGGACGGUGCCGACGAGGAGAUGGACCCGAUUGACCCAGAAAAGGCCGAGGCUUUGGCGCGUUGGAGGGGCAUGGCACGUGACAAAGUGCGCCAGCGCGUCGAGCUGCUGAUUCGGCCGGCCAACAGCAGUGCUGACGUCAUGUCAAAGUUGCUGUGGCAGUCCACCACCUACAAGAUGCCGAUUCCAGAGGGCCUUCACCACCUCCACGUGUACGACUCCAAGACCGAAGGCCAGGAGGAGGCGGAGGAUGAAGACUCUUUGAGCAUCACGCCUGAGAGUAUCUACAUGUUCCUCGACGCGUUCAAACACGAGAAUGCCAACGUGUUUGAGAAGGCAUUCAACGGGGGAAACAAGCGGAUGCCCAGGGUGAAAAAGAUCCUCUAUGUUUCGUAUGAUGAGGCGACGAUGCUCAGGCGCACGCGCACCCGCCAGCACGAUAUCGAACUUGACGUCAUGGAGCAGGCGCACGUGUUUACGGCAAAAUCGCUCACCCUGCCGCUACGCAAACGUUUGAGCAUUGGCGAGAAUGGCUGCAACAGGUUCAACCACCUGGGGCCUGUCAAGCUCGAGGACCCGACGGACAAGACGGUGGAGUGGGUGCUGCCGCUUUGCGAAAAGAAAGAAAUCCUGGGGGACACCUUGAGGGAUGCAGGCGGACCAACGCCACCAGGGGGCGAUCAAGUUGCAGGCGGACGCAGAGAUCCAAUGAGCGAAGAGCCUGUUUCCUGGCAUGGGGCUUCCGUGGAUUUCUGGAGAGAGAUUGUGCACGCGUAUUCAGCAUUCUCCCUGACAGACCUCACCCCGCAGAACGAAAACUGCGCUGUGGCGUGCAUAAUGCAAGGCUGUCACUACAUUUGCCUUUGCAACAACGAUGUGCACCAGAGCCGCUUGCAGGAGAGGAUCAUCGAUCGCGUGUACCAGUUGAUGGCGGACGAGUCUUCUCCGCUGUUCGAGUCGAUGAUGGCCGCUGAGAUUGGGGAGAAGGGCCAGUCCGGGGGACAGGGCGGCGAGGGAAAGGGCGCAGGAGGCCAAGGUGGCAAGGGUCUGCGGAAGGGCGGACGAGGAAGGGGUAGGGGGCGGGGAACAGGCCGUGGCAAUGGAGAGGGCCGUGGGCGACGCGGACGCAAAGGCCGCGCUCGAGGUGGAGAUCAGAGCGGAGCGGGAUCAGGCGGCUCAGAUGUCCCUGUUCUUAAACACCCUUUCACCAGAAGCCUAGUAGACCCUACUAAACCCUGGGCCCUGCAAAACUGA